CAAGCAGUUCUUUGCUCGGUCCAGAGAAAGAAGCUUUUAACAAUCGGAAAACCAAAUUGUCGCACAAACCCGCAGCAAUGGCAAGCCAAACACAAGGCAUUCAGCAACUUCUGGCAGCAGAAAAACGUGCCGCAGAAAAAGUGGGCGAAGCAAGAAAACGAAAGCAGCGUCGCUUGAAGCAGGCUAAAGAAGAAGCCCAGGAAGAAAUCGAACGCUAUCGUCAGGAACGGGAAAGACAGUUCAAAGAGUUUGAAGCGAAGCACAUGGGAAGUCGUGAAGGUGUUGCUGCCAAGAUUGAUGCCGACACCGUUAGAAAGAUCGAAGAAAUGAAUAGAUCAAUUUCUGUUAAUAAGGCUGCCUUGUUGAGCGAAAUUCUCACUCUAGUGUACGAUAUCAAACCGAUGCUUCAUAAGAACUUCCAGUAUAUGAAAGCCAAGUAAACAAAAGAAAUGGGUUCGAUCCAGUAACAAUUGCUCGUUUUAACGAUUAACUGUGCGUAAUGUUACAGCAGUCAUUUGAAGCCAGUGUGUUAACCCGAAAAUGCAAGUAAGGGUAAAUGAAAAUCUAGUUGAAGUACAGCCGCAGUUUAACAAAACACUAUUAGACAUAGUUUCGAGGUUCAGCCGAUGACGUGGAACUGUAAAUAAUUAUGUAAUUGAUUAAUUUUUCUCUCUACUUGCGAUAAGUUAUAGUUUGGUUGCACGAUUGCCAUCGUGUGCAAUUUUCAAAGCUUCUCCUUCCCAAUUGUUCGUUGUUUAUGUUAUUUUUGUCAUGUUGAACUAAACUUAAAAAGACUAAACAACCCUGAUGCAAUUUUAUUUUCGAUAAAAGUAUCAAGAUAUAGUGUUUGAUGCAUAUUGGACUCAUUUUUCACUUUAAGCUCGAUCAUAUCGAAAUUCGGUUUUGAAAUUGAUAAUAUGUUCGUUAAUCUGCAUAUCUAUUCUAUUGCAUUCUGUCAGUUCAUUCGUUUGUGUUCUUUCGGUUACUAGUUCAAAAUUUACAACACCAGACAAUAUUAGCUAUCACUGAACUUUAACUCGAGACUUUAACAGAUCAUAACAAUGUUGAGACAUAACGCAGUAUACCAUUUGUUUGGAAUAAUACAAAACUAAAGCUUGGCGAUCGCGAUGGAUGGUAGAUAAAUCUAAGAAUGUGUUCACGAAGAAAAAAAAUUCUACCGCACGUGUCUAUAGAAUUUGUUGAAGUUUAUCUAUUGCGGAAAGUUAUGAUUCGCUUUGUGUUUAGUGGCAUCAUUAUCACUUUUGUUGAACGGCUAUCGCAGUUAAAUCUUAAUCUAACACGAAUCUCUAAUCUUUGUAUAGUGUUAGUGUUUGUCAUUUUUUAAUGACUAAAGGCGAACUUGAUUUUUUGGAAAUAAAAGCAAAUGUUCAUUACACCCCACA